CACACAUUUUCUGUGCUUUUUUUCUCUCCGGUUUGUUUACUGUUUUUCUUCCCAGCUGAUAACCAAACACAAUCCGCAACUCUAACUGGUGGCUUCGUAGAGUAAAUUUAGCACAAUAAUUCCGCGAGAUAGCGACCGCAACAUUGUAUUUCGAUUGUCCUUCAUAGUAGAGCGCUUCUAGAAAAGUGCAUGCGAUAUUCGCUCACGCUCAAUGAUACGCAAAGCGAUGGGUGAGAUAGACGUGAAAUUGGGCAUCCGGCAAACGUUGCAGAAAAUCGAGGAAACGUACAAGAAACGGUCGUCGCUUAGCAAUGCACCGAAACCCUUGCUGGUGGCUGUUAGCAAAACCAAACCGGUCGAGCUGAUCCUGGACGCCUACUCCGUGGGUCAGCGUGAUUUUGGCGAAAACUACGUGCAGGAGCUGGUGGAGAAAGCGAACGAUGCUAGAAUCCUCGAACAGUGUCAGGACAUUCGGUGGCACUUUAUUGGCCAUUUGCAGAGCAACAAGAUCAAUAAGGUGCUGAAUCUCCCGAACUUGCACAUGAUCCAAACGGUACAUAGCAUCAAGUUAGCGGAAGGAUUGAACAAAGCGUGGGAAAAGCUGAAGGCAGAAAAUGCCGACAAGCAGCAGAAGCUAAAUGUACUGGUGCAGAUCAACACCAGCGGCGAGGAUGAAAAAAAUGGAGUCCAGCCCGACGACGCCGUGGGACUGUUUCGCUACGUACUGGACAAGUGUCCCCAUCUGAACUGUGAAGGGGUGAUGACGAUCGGUAGAUUCGGACACGAUUACACCACCGGACCGAACCCGGACUUUGGUACGCUGAUGAAGUGCCAUCAGGAUAUCUGCAGCACAUUCGAGCGAGACCCAGCCGAGCUGCAGGUGUCAAUGGGCAUGUCGGAUGAUUUCGUCCAAGCGAUCGAAUCGGGCAGCACCAUUGUGCGCGUGGGUAGUUCUAUUUUCGGGGCUAGGGCCAAAAAACCAACUGAUGCUUGAGCGCGCACUGCGUCUGUGUGUAACGGGGUUUUGAACGGGGUUGAAUAAUGCUGGCUGUAAGGUGAAUUUCUUACAAUCCAACAGAACACGCCAUUCAGAACAUCGUUUGAGGUGUGAGUGUGUGGGUUUGAUGAACCAACGGGAGUUUCCUUUCCUUUUCUUCUGUGUCUUUUUUGUAGCCCGCGAAACACCGCAAGUUUUGUAAAAAUCGGAAGGUGGUUGAAUUGUAAUAGCAACAACAGACAAUACAAGCAAUAAACACACAGCGGAUUGACGCCACCGGCAGCCUGUUAAGUAACGUCGUCCUUGUGCAAUAUCCAAACGGUGUUAAA